UAAUACUGUCUAUGUCAUAGGGGUUUUCUUUGAGCAUUAAAUAAUAAAUUAUCACGUGUGACAUACUUAAUGCAGUGCAUGGCACAUAGCAAACAGAUGAGUGGUAAUGAGUGUGUGUGUGCCAUGUUUCACUUCUUCAGGCUGUUGAAUGCUGGCAUAUAGAUCUGAAACCCCGAAGUCUCCGGUCUUCCAAUUGAGAGCCAUUGACUGGUCUAAACGGGUUUGAUCCAUGGUUUCCAGAAUAGUGCUUCUUCCUGAUGCUAUUCUAAAUAACAUCUGUACUUUUUUCUCUUUUGCAAUCAGUGAUGAACAUGACUAUCUAAUACACUAGCUUUGAUACUUUGUCAUUCCAACAAGUCUGGGCACCCCGUGAAAUAAAGACUUGAUCUUAAUAUUUCCUUGGGCUUCUGAUCUCCUCUGGGGAAAGCAGAUGGGAUAUUUGGUGCCUGUCCUACUGAAAGAAAGGAGUAUUUUCCUUCUUUUAAAAGAUAAAAUCUAAUUUCGUGCUUAAGAUAAAUACAUUUUGUUUUGUUUUGCUCGUUGGGGCAAUAAAAAGUAGCCUGUCUUCAUCCUUCCUCCUUUGUGGAUGAACUGAAAUUUGGCUUUGGCCUCAUUCAUGGGAGUGUCCAUUAACCAAAUGCCUCAUUUCCACCCUCCCCAAACCUGUGAUCAAGGAUCACGUGUGGGUCCAGGGCAUCCGAUCUAAUGAGCACAACUGGGACUAGGAUUCCCUUUUGGAAGAAGCCCAGCCCUGCACUGGCCUCGGUGGAGAGUGAAUGUAUUUACCGUCAUAAAGGUGCUCUGCAGUGAACACAGGAGCAAGCCAGCAGCUCUUACUACUGAGAAAUUAAGAAAUUAUUGUUCCUUUGUUAUCACAUCAAACUUCUGUAACUGGUCUGCUAAUAUUUUUAAACGUUUAAAUUGUAAUAAUAAUAACAACAACAAAAAAAACUUGUAUGAAAGCUCAGAUUUACUCUUGUAUCCCAAAAGUCCAUCUGUAUCGGUCACAGUCAGCUCUAGUCAAAUAUUGACUUUACUAUUUAUCCUUUCAGCAUGGAGCCAAAACGUGUACUCAGAAGCACCUCGGAGUUCAUCUCUUCCCACAGGCCCUGCAGGAUUAUGGCUGACAAGACCCAGGAGGCUGGUGGCAUCCACUUCCCGUUUCCCUUCACACCAUAUGCCAUCCAGAAAGACUUCAUGGCAGCGCUGUACCAGGUGCUGGAGGCUGGCAAGAUUGGGAUAUUUGAGAGUCCAACCGGCACCGGAAAAUCCCUAAGUCUCAUCUGUGGGGCCCUCUCCUGGCUCCGCGACUUUGAACAGAAGAAACGCCAAGAGGAGGAGCGUCUGCUGGGGGCUGGAGCCCCCGCCUCGAACGAGGGGCUGGCCCCAGCCCCGGGUCUCCCACCCUCCUGCCAGGGGAGCCCAGGCACCCCAGAGGCCACCGGAGAGCCCGACUGGAUCACUCAGUUUGUGCAGAAGAAGGAAGAAAGGGACUUGGUGGACCGAUUGAAGGAGGAGCAGGUCCGGAGGAAGAAGCGAGAAGAGCGCCUGCAGCAGAUCCGUCACAACGGGAAGCUCCGGUUCUUGGCCAAGCGCAUGAGACAGGAAGAUGAGGAAACAGAGCGUCUGCUCCGGGUCAGCAGUGAGAUGCUGGCCACAGGCACAGAGCCCGAGCAGGUGGCCUCUGGGGAGGAGGAGCUGGUCCUCGCAGAGUAUGAGAGUGACGAGGAGAAAGGAGUGCCCAGUGGAGUGGACGUGGAUGAGGAUGACCUGGAUGAAGAACACGUAACGAAGAUUUACUACUGCAGCCGGACGCACUCCCAGCUGGCCCAGUUCGUGCACGAGGUGCAGAAGAGCCCCUUCGGCCAGGACACCCGGCUGGUCUCCCUGGGCUCUCGGCAGAACCUGUGUGUCAAUGGGGAUGUGAGGAAGCUGGGUUCGGUGCAGCUGAUCAAUGACCGCUGUGUGGAGAUGCAGAGAAGCAAGCAUGAGAAGAAAAGCAUCACCGAGGAAGACGAGCCCAGGAAGAGGAGGCGGAGGCAGGAGCCAAGGGCCACCUGCCCCUUCUACAGCCACGAGCGGCUGCAGCUCCUCCGGGACGAGGUCCUGGCGGGGGUGAAGGACGUCGAGCAGUUAGUGGCCCUGGGCGAGGAGGCUCAGGCCUGUCCCUACUACGGGGGCCGGUUCGCCAUUCCCGCAGCCCAGCUGGUGGUGCUCCCCUAUCAGAUGCUGCUGCACGCGCCCACCCGCCAGGCGGCGGGGAUCCGACUGCAGGGCCAGGUGGUGGUCAUCGACGAGGCCCACAACCUCAUCGACACCAUCACCAGCAUCCACAGCGUGGAGGUCAGAGGUUCCCAGCUCUGCCAGGCCCACAACCAGCUGCUCCAGUACACGGAACGAUAUGGGAAGCGCCUGAAGGCCAAGAACCUGAUGUACAUCAAGCAGCUCCUGUACCUGCUGGAGAAGUUCGUGGCUGUGCUGGGCGGGAACAUUAAGCAAAAUCCCAACAUGCAGAGCCUCUCGCAGGCAGGGACAGAGCUGAAGACCAUCAACGACUUCCUCUUCCAGAGCGAGAUCGACAACAUCAACCUGUUCAAGGUGCGGCGCUACUGUGAGAAGAGCAAGAUCAGCAGAAAGCUCCUUGGCUUCACAGAGAGGUACGGGGCAGUCCUGUUGCCCUCUGUGGAGCAGCCCAAACUGUCCGGCUUCCAGGACUUCCUGCAGAGCCUGCGGCCCGGGGCGACAGCCGCCCCUGCCGCCCCUGCGGAGGCCGGGGAGGACCGGUCACCGCGGCCUACUUCCCCACUGAUGCACGUCGAAGGCUUCCUCGAGGCUCUCACCACCGCCAACCAGGACGGCCGGGUCAUCCUGAGCCGCCAAGGCAGCCUCAGCCAGAGCAGCCUCAAAUUCCUGCUCCUGAACCCAGCUGUGCACUUCGCCCAGGUGGUGAAGGAAUGCCGAGCGGUGGUCAUUGCGGGGGGCACCAUGCAGCCGGUGUCCGACUUCCGGGAGCAGCUGCUGGCUGGUGCCGGGGUGGAAGCGGAGCGCGUGGUGGAGUUCUCCUGUGGUCACGUGAUCCCUCCAGAUCACAUCCUGCCCCUCAUCAUCUGCAGCGGGCCUUCCAACCAGACGCUGGACUUCACGUAUCAGAAGAGGGGGCUGCCUCAGAUGAUGGACGAGACGGGCCGCAUUCUCUGUAACCUGUGCAACGUGGUGCCGGGAGGGGUGGUCUGCUUCUUCCCCUCCUACGAGUACCAACACCAGGUCUGCACCCACUGGGAGAAGAGUGGCCUGCUGGCCCGCCUGACCAUCAGGAAAAAGAUAUUUCAGGAGCCCAGGAGAGCAAAUAAGGUGGAGCAGGUGCUGCUGCAGUAUUCCAGGUGCAUCCAGCACUGCGGCCAGGGCCAGGCCCGGGGCACGGAGACGGGCGCCCUGCUGCUCUCCGUGGUCGGGGGAAAGAUGAGUGAAGGCAUCAACUUCUCUGACGACCUUGGGCGAUGUGUGGUCAUGGUGGGCAUGCCUUACCCCAACAUCAUGUCUCCAGAGCUGCAGGAGAAGAUGGCUUACCUGGACCAGACGCUUCCCAGAGCCCCAGGCCAGGCCCGCCCCGGGAAGGUGCUGGUGGAGAACCUGUGCAUGAAGGCUGUCAACCAGUCCAUAGGCAGGGCCAUCAGGCACCAGAAGGACUUUGCCAGCAUAGUGCUCCUGGACCAACGGUACGCCUCCCCGGCCAUCCAGGCCAAGCUGCCGGCCUGGAUCCGGGACCGCGUGGAGGUCAAAGCCACCUUUGGCCCUGCCUUUGCUGCUCUGCGGAAGUUCCAUCGAGAGAAAGCUGGCCUUUCCUGACUGGUGGUCGCACCAGGGUCGCCAGGGCCUCCCUUCACCUGUCCACGGGCAACAUCAUCAUGAGGUUGGUCUGCAGGGAUCCUGCCUGAGAAGGGGGUGCCGUGGGAGCCCCUUCAGGACUCACUGGGCUGCCAGGAUUCAGGAAGAGGUGGACCAGCCAGCAGGAGACAACGAGGCUGACCCCAAAGAAACAGUGACCCCGCCAUUCCUGGCCCGACCCCCGGGCAACUGCCUUGCUUGGAACGGAGUCUGUCUCUGCUCGGCCCAGCCCUGUGUCCAGCUCUCCGCUGAUUCCUGGCUGGUCUGUGAGUGGCUGUGGAGGCUGCAACCACCCUGCCCUGGCCUGUUUCUCAGAAUCCAUUCUCAGAGGUGAGAUGGAGCAGGCUCUUCCAGCCUCUCCCUUUCUCACUGAAAUAGCUGUUCCAGACCUUUCACCCUCGGAAACUCAAGAAUGUUACCCAUCCCCACCCCCUGGUAUCCACAGGGCUGUUCUGCCCCAGCUUCGGGUCCUCUCGGCCACCUUUUCUCUAAGUCUUUAAGAACUGCUCCCCAACCUCCCAGCCUCACUUCCUCCUACACUGUAGCCCUCACCUGCCCCCGGGGCCCUGCCAGCAGGAUCAUCCUCCUGGCCUGGCUCCAGGGCCUCCUGCUCAGCCUCAGAGCAGACGCCAAGACACCGCCUCCCCUGACAUCAGCGAUUAUGCCGAGGGCCAUUAGGCUCUCAGCGCGGCUAUUUUUAGAGACCCCGUGUCUAUCACGGAGACACUUUCCUGUGUGGAAACAGCCCUCCCUCCCUGCACCGCCCCCCCCCCCAACCUAAGCCCCAGCUCCAAGGGCCGUCUGCACAGCUAAGGUUCCUUAAUUAAAAGUGCACUGUUGGUUUAGGCUUGCA